AUGCCUGAAACCAAAGACAAGACAGUACGCAUGACGGGGUUUCGUCAUUCUGAUAUUUCAUGGGACCCUAAAGCCCUCGGUUAUUACGUCUUUGCCAGCCUCGACAAUCAGAAUGUCAAAAUGUAUCUGAGCCAAGAUGCCGGGACAUGUGCUCCACGCUCCAAAGGAGAGCAUUCAUCUAGUAAAGGAAACUUCCGUCUAGGCCAAAUCCACUUGAAAAACUCCAGCUUCAUUCGAAGAAAUCAAGACCAGCGCAACGGCCACUAUUCUCUAGGUCUGGGUUAUGGUGGGAAGAGUGAUGAAUCAGAAUCCUUUCUGAAAACGCUAAAGGUUCGAAAUGUCAUAACAACCCCAAGUGUUGGAAUAUACUUUCAGCCAUUUUCAGAGGGGCGCGAUAUGAUAUCGGGGGGUGGAGGCUCAAUAGUCUUCGGUGGGAUCGAUGCGGCAAAGUUCAACACGUCAUUACUCAGGACCUACAAGUCCCCAAACAUCUUAGAUGGGGAAUACAAACUACAGCUUCGGAAAGUAGUGGUUGUUCAGGAUGAAAAAACAACUAGUUUGGAUACAUGGGAAGACAAAGAUAUCCCGGCACCGAUGGCGAGGCUCAACUGUAGCUACUCACAAAUUUCGCUACCAAACGAGCUCUUGAAGAAACUGAAUGAGAGUAACAUAACUUCUGCCAAUUUCUCAGAUCCAAAUGCCCAUUUCUCAUUCGAAUUCGAGAAAUCUCUUACGAUUAUGGUCCCAUUACAAGAUCUCGGGCCUUCAAUCAUUGAACAACUCAAAAGGCCUCCAGCAUCUUCUAAAAGCUCUAAGCAGCCGGCGGAAUAUAUUCUUGGAGCCCCAUUCUUUAGAGCUGCGUAUAUACAUCUCGACUAUCAUAAUAAGCGAUUGAAUAUCGCGCCGACGAUAUGGAAGGAAAAUACGAAGCUCGCCCCCUUUGCAGGUAUUGAGCAGCGAAUAGUUGAAGACAAUGAUUUCGAGGUUGCACUUCAAGCCGUAACAGAUACAUCUGUGCAAUCCACCGUAGCUGAGACAAAAGCGCCUACACUAGAUUCCGAUACUUCGACUAGUGCGGCAAGCAUCAAUUCGAUAGUGAUUGCAGCAACUAUCCCCGGAGGCUUAGUUCUAAUCGCGCUCGGGGUCAUAUUUUGGCUCUUGUUUCGAGAGCGUCGGCAAAGACCACGCUCGCACGUCAAGCUUCCAGAAAACCGUAGCUCGUGGAAUGAAUGUUUCAAUAGAAGGCAUACUACAUCGACCUCAGACUCUGUAAGCGACAAUCUGUCCAUUCACCGGAAUUCCGGGAGACCGAGUAGCCGAACCUCAACCAUAUCGUUCGACUUUGGGUUACGCCCAGAGCGGUCUUCGUAUUCCAGUAUCAAGUUGGGGCGGAUUUAG